GAGCUUCCUGGUGCGAAUACGUCAUCGCAGCCGCAGUAACAGCAUGGGACCUCGGUAGUGCGGAGGAGACACAUCAGACUUCGCGGUUCGGCGCACUCCAAAAAACCAAAAGGAUCGGAUCUUAUUUCUUGUGAUUGGCAUUACCAGCACUGUUGCAAGGUCACCGGGUCGCCAUGGGGAAGGGGUGCAAGGUGGUGGUCUGCGGCUUGGCUUCGGUGGGGAAGACUGCGAUCCUGGAGCAGCUACUUUACGGGAAUCACACUGUCGGCUCGGAGUCCGGCGAAACGGUGGAGGACGUGUACGUGGCGUCCGUGGAGACGGACCGCGGCGUCAAGGAGCAGUUGCGCCUGUACGACACCAGGGGGCUCCACGACAGCCUGGAGCUGCCCAAGCACUACUACUCGGUGGCCGACGGCUUCGUGCUGGUCUACAGCGUGGACAGCCUGGAGUCCUUCAAGAAGGUGGACCUGCUCAAGAAGGAGAUCGACAAGUCCAGGGACAAGAAGGAGGUGGCGGUCAUCGUGCUGGGGAAUAAGACGGACCUGCGGGACCGGCGGCAGGUGGAGGCGGAGACGGCGCAGGUGUGGGCGCGGGGGGAGAAGGUGAAGCUGUGGGAGGUGAGCGUGACGGAGCGCUCCUCCCUCAUCGAGCCCUUCACCGUGCUCACCAGCCGCCUCACCCAGCCCCAGAGCAAGUCCGCCUUCCCCCUGCCCGGCCGCAAGAGCAAGGGCACGCCAUCCAACGACAUCUGAGCCGCUGCCGCCGCCAUUACGGCUCUGGAGGGAGGGGGAUUAGCGCAUCGCCGAUGGAGGGUGGGCAGGGGAGGGCAGCCAUUUUGGCUCCACUGUUUGUGAAUGGGGGUCGGAAAAAAGCACAUUUAUAUUACAGAUUUAAGGGGAUGGCAGCCAUUUUGGCUCCACUGUUUGUGAAUGAGGGGCGGGAACAAGCACAUUACAUUACAGAUGGGGGGGCGGGGCGGGGCGGGGGGGGCAGUGGUAGCCUUUUUGGCUCAAGCACUUUGGAGAAGCAAUGAGAAAGUGAAGCCAUAAACAAUCAGUCAAUGACUCAUUAAUUAGCCAAUCAAAUUAUUCCAUUCCCCAUAGCAACAUGUUUUAUGAUUGGUUGAUAAUCAGCGAAUCAGUGAUAGCGCUCCACCAAUGCUGGGGUUUGUGAAGCCUCAGUCUCCCAUUGCUACAUUGCAGAGGAAAAAACAAACAGAUUAUGGGGAAGUAGAUAGGGCAGCCAUUUUGGCUCAAAAACUAAGUACAAGCACAUUAUGAAGAGAUCAGGCUAGAAAGUAGUAAAGGAAGAGCUGAUAUCACAUAUUAUGUAAUAAUAUACUCUGCUUUGAUUGGUCAGUUGCUCACUCUUCCUGCGACUGGUCAUUGCGCUUUUCUUACAAUUGUGAGAGUGUGUGUGUUCUUUUUGUCUUUUUUUAAAUGUUUCCUAGAAAAGAGUUUUAUUUUUGGUAAUUUACUUUUUGCACUUUACCGAUGAAGAAGCACAGGAGGUGGUUUUGGUGGAGGGUACAGUGUGUGAUGAUUUGAGGGGGGAAAAAACCCUUAGAUAUGUAGCUUGUCUUCAUUAACACUGUGAUACCCAACCUAUUAAAAGAAUGUGAAUUCA